CAUACCCAAACUAGUCAGAUCUCUUCUUACUGCUCUAUAGCUGUACGGGACCCACUCUUCUCCCUUCCUACUGUUCUAUCCUUCUUCUUCCCUUCUAUUUAUUAUGCUCUUUCCUCCGCCAUUUUUCAUACACGAUUUAUUAUAAGAGUAACAUAAGAAAACCCCUAGAAUGAAACAUGGUUGGUCUCAGCGUAGUGCUCGAAGUUCAGAAGCCUUGUAUCAAUAAAAAGACACCUCAAGUCAUUAACAAAACCACCAUUCUGUCUACCACCACCACCCACAGAAAACCAGCCCUUCCUCCUUCUCCUUUUCAGUCCCCCACUUUUCUAGAUCAAUGCUUUCUCUGUGGGAAGACACUCUCGCCAGGGAAAGAUAUCUACAUGUACAAAGGGGACAGGGCAUUUUGCAGCGUGGAGUGCAGAUGCAAGCAGAUUUUUUGGGACGAGGAAGAAGCUAUUAAGAAAGAGAAGUGUUCUUUGGCUGCAAUGAGGCCGACGUCGUCUUCGUAAUCAUCUUCUUCGAGUUCACGUCAUCACCGGAAAGAAACAAGAAACCGUGGUGUUGGGUUUUUUUAAGGAAGAAAUGAUGAGAAACGGGAGGAUUGUAAUUUUUUGCACUCGCAUUCCAGUUUUACCCACUAUUUAUUUUGUUAAUGACGGCAGAGGGCUUGUCCUUUUUGCUUCCUAGUAUGAAGCCAAAAUGUCCUUUCAGCUUUUUAUUUUUUGGGGUCCAACUUCUGGCUGUGCCAACGCUGAGACCUGAUGAGGGGUGGCAUUGCGAUGCUUUCGUUCUGUUGCUCAGAAACCGAACCCACACAGAAACACUUCCAUGUUUUGUCUUUUAUUUCAUUUUUAGUUGCUGACAGUUGGAAGGGUAUUUCUGGCAUCUUAUCAUGGUUGCUUUCUGAAAUCAAGCAAGUCCUAUUAGUCUUCCUUGUUAAUCAAAACUUAAACUCAUUGUUUAAUGGGUAUACGAAGCAAUUGGGUUGGAUGGUCAUGGUCAUAGAAAGUGAUGGUGCACUUAUACUUGCAACAAAACCAAUUUGCAAUGUGAAUUUCUGAAGUGAUUUUGAGAAGGGUAAUUAAUUAAGCUUAAAAUCAGUUCUUAAUAGACUGAACUGAAAUAUUAAUAGUGGAAGGUGAUUGAUUAAUUGACAGUGAGUGGAUUAUCCUUGGGGGUUGUGGCAUGAAAGAGCGGUGAUUGUUUUUAAGCAAAAUGACAAUGGAAUACAGUGAUCAAGUUUCCAUGCAUUUGUGAAGUUGUCGGGGUAAGUACGAAUGCCACAUUUGUAGUUAGGUAUGCAAUGUUUCACAUUUCUAGCUAUCUCUCUCAGGUGCUCAUGGAACGCGUAUACUAUGCUACCACGCU